CAAACAGUGAAGUUUAGCCUAGCAGGAAGCACCGAGGCUACCACUACAGCGGUGGAAAAAGAAACACCAGUCAGUCCCAGUUUUAGUUUUUUUAUCGGGGCUCAUUCGUGUUAUUUCCUCGGCAAAUACGCUGCCGCUUGGGUCCUGGGACUACUCGCUUACGUUUUCUCCGACUUUAUAUGAGGAGAGAGCUCUUAGCCAACUAAAUCCCCCGACACUGGCCGGGGGUGGACUCUUAUCCAGCGGCUGUAAACGGUGGACGUCGGCUGAGCAACGGCUGUUUUGAAUCAGCGUGCGUCAGUGGGCCUGCAGGCUCCACGCUGGUGCUGAGACAGGAUGAAGAGGUUCAGGCGACACGGCCAGGAGUCCCAGAGAGAUCGGCUCAAACAGGAACUCUUCCAGUUCAACAAGACAGUGGAGCAUGGAUUCCCCCACCAGCCCAGCGCUCUGGGCUACAGUCCCUCCCUGCAGCUGCUGGCCAUCGGCACCCGCUCCGGGGCCAUCAAACUGUAUGGAGCUCCAGGCGUGGAGUUCAUGGGUCUACAUGAUGAGAAUGCUGCCGUCACACAGGUGCACUUCCUCCCCUGCCAGGUUGAAUUGGUGACUCUUCUGGAUGACAACAGUCUUCACAUGUGGACUUUAAGAGCUCAUAAGGGACUCUCUGAACUUCUGGAGAUAGGACGCUUCACACUCACUGGGCCACCUGGUGCCCCUCCAAGUGUGACCAGAGUGACGGCAGUGCUGGCUCACUCCUCCGGGGAGCUGCUGCUGUUGGGGACAGAAGGAGGACACGUCUUUGUCGUUGAAGUCCCAGGGUUCAGAGAGCUGGAGGAGAGAAACAUUAGUCUGGACCAAGUGGCCAGCAGUGUACCAGACGACUACAUCGGCCGCAGGAAUCUGGAACACGUAGAGGCCUUACAGGAGAACCCGGUCAACCCGAACCAGGUUGUUAUUGGCUACGGACGAGGUCUCAUGGUCAUCUGGGAUCUGGAAAGACAGUGUGCCGUCCAGCACAUCCCUGCCACGCAGCAACUGGAGAGUGUGUGGUGGACCGAGGACGGAGGCUACAUUCUCAGUUCACACAGCGAUGGGAGUUACUGUCAGUGGAUGGUGAGUGGCGAGGACGAGGACGAGGAGAAAUCCGACAUUCCUUAUGGACACUUCCCCUGCAAGGCCAUUUCUAAAAUAGUUCAGCUACCUACAGAAGAAGGGCCUCCGUUCCUCCUGUUCAGCGGUGGUAUGCCCAGGGCCAGCUACGGGGACAGACACUGUAUCACAGUGAUCCACAGUAAAACACACGUGGCUCUGGACUUCACCUCCAGGAUCAUCGACUUCUUCACCAUCAGAGACGGCCCGCAGCACACAGGAGACCCCAGUGCGCUGGUGGUGCUGGUGGAGGAGGAGCUGGUAGUGAUUGACCUGCAGACGGAGGGCUGGCCCGUCAUCCAGACACCGUACCUGGUUCCCCUCCACAGCUCGGCCAUCACCUGCUCCCACCACGUCUCCGCCAUCCCCCUCAAACUGUGGGAGAGGGUCAUCGCCGCUGGAGAACUGCAGAACACACACUACUCCAAAAAGCCAUGGCCAAUAACAGGAGGCCAGAACCUGGCCCCAGACCCUCCGCAGAGAGACCUGCUGCUCACAGGGCAUGAGGACGGGACAGUGCGUUUCUGGGAUGCAUCAGGAGUCUGUUUGUAUCCCAUGUACAAGUUAAGCACAGCUGGAGUGUUCCACACAGAUGCUGACCCCAAUGAUAACAUGAACCAAGGCACCGAAGGAGAGUGGCCGCCAUUCAGAAAGGUUGGCUGUUUUGACCCUUACAGUGAUGACCCGAGGCUCGGCGUUCAGAAGAUCCACCUUUGUAAAUACAGUGGUUAUCUGACUAUAGCUGGCACAGCUGGACAGAUCCUGGUGCUGGAACUGAACGAUGAGGCAGCGGAGCAGACCGUGGAGGCUAAAGUUGUGGAUCUGCUGCAGGGCCAAGAGGGCUUCCGCUGGAAGGGCCACACUCGGCUGGACGUGCGAGAGGAGCCGGUGCUGUUUCCUCCAGGGUUCCAGCCUUUUGCUCUGGUCCAGUGCCAGCCUCCUGCCGUGGUCACCGCCCUCACCCUGCACUCGGAGUGGAAGCUGGUAGCUUUUGGCACCAGCCACGGCUUUGGCCUAUACGAUUACCAACAGAAGAACAACGUCCUCAUCAAGUGCACCCUCAACCCCACUGACCAGCUGGCCAUGGAGGGCCCUCUGUCCAGGGUGAAGAGCAUAAAGAAAUCCCUCCGACAGUCCUUCAGGAGAAUCCGACGCAGCAGAGUCUCGCUGAGGAAACAUCACGUCCACAACGCUGCCAAGCUCCAGGAGGCGAACGCUCGUCUGGAGGCUGAACUGGCAGAGAUGGAGCUGGCUCCUGUCCAGAGGAAGAUCGAGGCUCGCUCCUCAGACGACUCAUUCACCGGUCUCGUACGGACCAUCUACUUCGCCGACACCUUCCUCUCAGACAGUUCACAUAGCACACCCUCCCUAUGGGCAGGGACCAAUGGCGGCUGUGUGUUUGCAUACAUGCUCCGCCUUCCUCCUGUAGAGCACAGGGCAGAAGAACCAGUAACCGCACAGCCAGCUAAGGAGAUCCAGCUGAUGCACCGGGCUCCUGUUGUUGGGAUAGUGGUGCUGGACGGUCACGGAGCUCCUCUGCCUGAGCCCCUAGAGGUGGCCCACGACCUGGCUCGCUCCCCGGACAUGCAGGGCUCACACCACCUCCUGGUCAUCUCUGAGGAGCAGUUUAAGGUGUUCACCCUGCCCAAGGUGAGCGCUAAGAUGAAGCUGAAGCUGACGGCCGUGGAUGGCUCCAGAGUUCGGAGGGUGGGCGUGGCCUGGUUCGGCAGCAAUCGCUCGGAGGACUAUGGCGAGAGCGGCUUGGUGGUUCUGACCAACCAGGGCGACGUCCAUGUGGUGUCGCUACCGACGGUCAAGAUGCAGGUCCAUUACCCCUGUGUACGCCGGGAGGACGUCAGCGGCAUCGCCUCCUGUGUCUUCACCAAGCACGGCCAGGGCUUCUACCUGAUCUCUCCAUCCGAGUUUGAACGGUUCUCUCUGUCCACCCGCUGCGUGGUGGAGCCUCGCUGUCUGGUGGAGGUUCCUCUUCAUCCAGGCUCCUCCAACAAACACAGGCCACAGCCUGAUGGAGCUUCAUCAGCUCAUAGAAACGCCAGACAAGGCAGCGAGGAUGCAGAAAGUGCAGCUAGACGUGUUAUGGAGCAUGCUUUGCUGAAUGACGAGAAAGUACUUCAAGAGAUCCAGAAGUCACUAGAAGGAGACCAGACGUCAUUCCUGGAGAAUAAUGUGAAGAGUGCUGUAGCUUAAGAGACGUCUCUGGAAAGUUGAGGUGAGACUAAGAGUGAACUCACAUGUUGAUGUGUAUGAAGCGUACCGCAGUCCUGAAGCAGCACUCGCCUCCUGCUCGGCUCACACAACCACUACUGACCCCUGAACCCCUCGCCUCAGUGACUUACACCCCCCGUACAUCCCCUCCCUUUCAGAUCCCAACCGCUCCCUUGUAGAGGGACACCGAAAGGUGCUUAAUGAGCACCCCGAGGCUCCCUCCCGGUGCAGUAAGAGGGGUGGAGGUAGAGACACCGCCUGUGCCUAAAGACCACUCGCUGUACCCAAAUGAUCACAGCAUGGUCACAAACCGUUUUUGAACCCAAAGCCACAAGCAGCACAUUCCUGACAUCCCAUCGAGAUCCAACCAGCAUCUCCAGACUGCCAUAGAUGCCACGUUUGUUUGGACUUGAAUAGCAACCACACCAACUUCACUCUUGAAGCCUUUAUCACCGCCGGCCUUUUUGCGGGGAUUGUGCCAGUGGAAACGGAUCGUCCAAUCAGCACGCUCUCUGCUGUGCAAUCAUCUCCACCCGCGGACACACAGCUGGAAGGAACGUGGGCGAGGAUUUGAGUAAUGUUGAUGAAAACAUUUUAGAGCUUCAACUGUAUGUGAUUUGUGCCUGAUUUUUUUUAAUUUUUAUUUGAAGAAUAUUUAUACUGUGGGAGCCCAUUUUUGCCAAGAAAAGAGAAAACAAUAAGUUUAAAAAAAAAAACAAUUCAUGUUUGAGAUACUGCAUUAAAUUAUGACUUAUGGAGGACUUUUUUUAGUCAAAAUAUUCAGAUCGUAAGUCAAAAGUCUGGACUUUCUCACAAUUUAGACUAAGUUUAAUGAUCUAAGUAUAUAUAAUAUCUUAAUUGGUAUUAUCAUUGUACCUUAAGAGCCAUAAUUGUACUUAGUCAUAAUUUUGAUUUAGAAUCUCAUAGUUUUGACUUACCAUUAAAAUGUUUUUAUUUGGUAAAUCCCAUACUUAACUACUUGACUGAAUUUGACCUAUUAUAGUUUUUACUCUACGUCAUAACUUUUACGUAGUACUCUUUGUAACUCUUUUAACUGGAUCAAGUUUUUAGACCCAACCCAUUUUUCAGCUCGAAAUUGAUGCAAAACAAGUUACUAUUUCCUAAUCUUGCCUUGGUAAUGUUUUUAUUUUUAUGAAUCCUUCCAUGUCAUCAUUUUUUACCCUUUUCUUUGGUGCAAAUGAGCUUCCAUACUAUUGAGAAGAACUGUCAAGGGAAAUGUUUUCACGGAUGCCCUGAAGAGAGGAAAAAAAAGAUGCAAACGUUGUUUCAUGUAUGUUGAACUUGUUUUUUAUUUUCAGUCAUGAUUUACUAAAUGAUUCAAAAUAUAAUGUACCCCUGUAUACUGCUGACACAGCCCUCCCCCCUCCCGUCCACUCUAUACUUUGUAACCGGCCAUAGGUACUUCUCCACUACUGCGGAGCUCACAGUGCUGUACUUUUUUUGGGGGAACAGCUUUCUAUGGGGUUUGGUUUUUAAUUAUUUUUAUGUAAACCCUUUUUUAUGCCAGCAAUGAAUAAUGUAAUUUAGGAAUGUAAUUGUAAGCUAUUGUAGUGAAAUGUUUUUAAUAUAUACAGUAUGUAUGUGACUCAGUCUGUACCUGUGGGCCUGUUGUAACUGGGGUUGGCUGCUAUUUAGAUCGUACAAGGAAAUAUUUUGGUACUGUGUCUCAGAAUGCUGGGUAUUUAGCAUCAGCCUAGAAUAUAUUUUUGUAGUGAACUGAUUAAGAACCCUAAUUUUUUUUUAUUUUAUUUUUUUUUUAUUUGUAACUUCACACUACAGUUUUCUUGUGGAUAAUUAUUACAUGUUUUUUCCCAAGAA